AUGAGAGGAAAAUCCAAUCGCCAAGAUCGCUGGCUAGCCACGAGUGAUAAGCUUUGCCAAGAGGAACAGAGCCAAGACGGGCAGCCCGGUGGCAAUCACGACACAUUCGUACCUUACCAAAGAACACAACACUCACUUAUUGCACCACCGAAGCCUGCCAAUUCGUCCGGCUGCAAGCUCCCAAAGACCAAGGUACGCACGAUUAUCUGCGGGGUUGAAUGGGGGCAACACCAUCUGGUACUUGGCCACUGGACUGGACAGUACCUAGAGCCAACAACAGGUUUUGGCCCGGCUGCCACCUGCCGUUCUGCUGAUUCUCUUGAUCCCCUUUUUGCGGACUCGGGAACGAUGCAAAUGGCCGAGAAGGGACGGACGGGAAGCUUGUUCCAAAGCAAAAGAAAAAUCAAUCCUAGCGCCUCAUAUCCGUCACAAAAGACAGGGCUACGCCGCCAAAGGACCUGCUUAGUGGUACGUACUCGGCCAGUCACCCAUUUGGACGUUGGCCCGCGUCCAUGGGUUGCGGAUGACCCGCAGUUCUCGCCCAAAGACUCUGCUCAUUGGACGUCUCUUGACCGGAUGGGUGAGCCCGGGGCAAGGGGCGUGGUUGCAAGAGGAAACGCCGUGCCCGGGGACCCUGGCACAGUGUGGGAUCCUUCCGCAGCGCUGGCCUUUCAUCAUUUCCUCAUCCAGCUCAGUGGCCGCCGAAGCAAGCCAGCCCUGGAGGCUGUCAGCACUGGGGCUCCUUCCGUUCUCCUCUCCGUCUUGGUAGCACAAACCGUCCGCGACGAUGAGACCGAAUUUCCUGAUGUCACCGCUCCCCCUGCUUUCAUCAAAGUCGAGUACCAGUCGAGGGGUUACACUCUUGUACUCAAGAGACGACUGGCCGGCCAUCUGAAUUGUGUACUUGAUCAGCGCGGCUGCCCUUCUCCGUGUCAGGGUGCUCCCCUCGAGACGGGGAGGCUUAGACACCCACCGUACCACCGCACCGUUCUCGUUCCCAGCUUCAGCCAACCCUCGCGGACACGCUCUUUCUUCACUUCAACGGUGGGCACGGCGAUGCAGCCUGCUAUUGACUAG